GGCUAAGCUACUCCACUAACUUCGGGUGCCUCAACAGCAUCUGAUGCCUGGCUACGUUCGCCUUGCCUCCUCUCUUCGCAUUCAACCUUCUGCUCUGCCUGCUCUUACUCACACCCCCGAAGGAAGCAUGCAUUGAUUUCUGCUGCUGAUGGGCCCGAUAUAAGCAUCUCUUUCCACAGACGAUACAGCAGCUCAUCCGUCGCUGCAAACAUUCUCUCAGGCCUUGCCAACUCAAAAUUGUCCUCCCCUCCCUAACGAUACACACCUGUGCUUACUACCUUAUUUUUCUUCCUAUAGGGCCAUAUGUGCUCAUUCUGAGCUACUCGAGGGAGGGUUACUAUCACGGGGGUGCUCUUGACGAAUCACGUCGAGUCCAUCUUCGUUCGCCAUGGCUGCUGCGAACCAGCAGAAUGAUGCGCCCGGCCUCAGUUCAGCUGAUGCCCGAGAUCCGGGUAUAUUGUCGAGGAUUCAUCAAGCACUUGAGGUUGUUCACAGCCCGCAUUCUACCAACGAUGACCGACGUGAUGCGCAGUUCUUUCUCGAGGAAAUAAAGAAAGACAAAGAAGCACCUUUUCACGGCUACGCUCUCGCUUCGGACAAGGCACAAUCGCCCGUUGUCCGACAUUAUGCGCUCUCCCUUCUCGACAAUGCUAUCAAACAUACUUGGGCGGAAUAUACAGAGGAUCAGGCCGCAACCAUUCGGGGCUGGGUACUUGAGCUCUCGCACGGCAUCUCUCCAAGCGAUCCCUCAUAUAUCCGGAAUAAGACGGCCCAGCUCUGGGUCGAGAUUGCAAAAAGAAGCUGGGGAACUGAAUGGAUGAACAUGGACGAGCUGUUGGUCCAACUUUGGCAGAUACCCGACUCUGCCGUUCACAAGGAGCUCGUCAUGACCGUUCUGGAGACUCUGGGGUAUGAGACUUUCUACGGUGAUGACGUUGUGGUGGCCAUGAGACAAAGCGUUCUCUGCAAGGGCUGGACGGAGAUUACCACACCGGCUUCGAUUCUGGCGGAGGCCGUCAAAAACAGAACUGCAGCCUCUGACAUGCGCUACGGUGACGACGGCUGGGUGGUUCGGAUGGUGGCAUUGCUCGAACAAUGCCUGAACGAUGAUCUGGAUGGCAGCGCCGACGUCCGUUCGUGCGUCUCAAAAGCUCUGUCGGUACUCAGUGUCAUCAUACCCUGCACCAUACCUAAGGGCAUGGCGGCCGGGGGAGUCCUACCCGUAACAUGUAGAGCGCUUUCCACUCCAUAUGUCGCUAUCCAGAAGGCGGCCUUAGAGGUCUUGCAUACGCUUUACUCGCGCGAUGAUCUCUACGAGACGGAGUUCGCCGAACUCGUAGCUCCCAUGUACCAAGGCCAGUCGGUUCAGUUGCUGAAGAUGCUCUUUGAAUGGUCCGUCGUAGACGCUGAAAACAUUGAUGACGACAAAUACCAAUUUGCAAAAAAGUUCUCAGAGAUGUUAUCUCUUCUGGGCAACUAUCUCGACCGCAGAUUUUCAGAAGUGCCGUCUGAUUCGGACAUUGAUGGAUUUCUCAAGCUGCUUCUUCUGGCGGUGCAGAGCCAGAGCCUCAUCAUAUCUAUUCCUGUCCUGGUCACAUGGACUCGGCUUCUCAACAAUCGCCUGGUCGGGCAACGCACUGCCAAUUCGCAGCUGAUCGGGCCUCUUCUGGAACUCUGUGCCUCGCGUCUCAUUCGUUACGAGAAUAUGCUGGAGGACAGCCAAGAUCCGACCUACCUUUUCUUAAUGGAAGAUACAGACACCAUCCCAGAGCGCCACGCCUUCCUCGGAAACUAUCGCCGUUACAGCGUUCAGGUCAUUGAGACAAUAGUCUGGCUGACGCCCACCGAGGCAAUCUUACAUAUUUUGGGACAGACUGAAUAUGUGCUACAGCACCUUUACGAUGGAGAGCGGCCUUUGGAUGCCGCUGCAUACGUUAGGCAUUCCAUGCCUGUUCUACGUGCGGAUGCCCACUUGACCGUCAUAGACGCUGCUAACAAGGGCUACAUGAAAUGGCGGACUGCACCGCCCCAGGGUCAUGACUUGGAUCAUGAACGACAGCGAGUACAUCUCGAGGAAGUUCUUGAAGCGUGGUGCAGCAAGCUUUUGGAGAUGAAGUUCGAGGACCCCAUGAUUCGAAAGCGAGUACUGCAGGCACUCGUAUCAUUUUCCACAACGGCGCUUGAUCAGAAACCCGGCUUCAUGCUCAAGGUUCUGGAGCACAUCUUGAUGACAUGGCCGGCUCAGCAGCCAGAACAGAGAGCGUUCAACGAGGCGAUCAAGGAGUUUCAGUCGGAAAGCAUGCAAGAACUCCAAAGACUAGCAACAAGAGUCCCUGACCAUCUAGUCGCUGUUUAUGACCAACUCGAAAGUCGGGUGAAAGAAAUGGUUGCGUCGGGAACGCUUGACGAGAAACGCCAAAUCGCCUAUCAGACGUUCUUGUUCAUCAUCAUCCACAGAGCAAACCAUAUCGAUCCUUCGGUCAAAAUGCAGCGUUUAAAGAGCUUCAUUGAUCCUAUCAAGUCCCAGUGGGAAAGUCCUGAUCUCCAAAAAGCCUUAUCUUCCUACUCCAGCUUCUGUGAGUUAAUGGGCUUGGAUAAGGCCAAGAGCUAUCUGACAAGCCGUCGUGCCCACGAGAUGACCGAUUGGGGUGCAUUCAAGCUGGAUCCGGAAGGGCUUGCAUUACAGGCGGAACUCGAAGAAAGGCAGAGGUUAUUGCCCCUUCGCUUGACCAAGUCAUUCAUCUCCUAUUCGGUCGAGAGGCUUGACAAAGCCUCACCUGCUUUCCAGGCCUCCUAUGGCCUGUGGAAUGACGCCUUUCCAAUCAUCCUUCCAUAUCUUCUCCAGUUGCUCAGCCAUGCCCAUGCCGCGCAUAAUCCUAGCAACUGGUCCCAAUUCGAACCGGUAAAGGAACCCGUUGUCAAGCGGGUCAUGACUGAUCGCUUCUGGCAAGCUGGAAUUUCCGAGGGCAGUAAAGAUGACUUUUACGCGCGAGUUGAGGAAAGGAGAAACACUCUCGAAGGCCUUGCAUCGUCCAUUCGAGGGUCAGUUCGCAAUGUCCGAGAGACGUGCUACGCGAUUAUUUAUUGCAUGAGUCGGCUUGAGGUCUACUUCUAUGGCUUCAGCGAGUUGCCAAACCCGCUCGCACAGGCGCUUUACAGCGAUGCUAUCCACUUAUCAGCUCACCAGCAGAUCAAUCUUCUCAACUUGACGAGAUACCUGGUCGACGACUGUCCUGUGGAACAACGCGAGCAUUUCUUGGCCCCUCUCCUCUCAUCAUGCUUCCGACAAAUCGACAGUAAGAUCAAUUCUGAAUGGGAGAGGCUCGGCCGCCAGCAGUCGGUUGAAGCUGUGGGCGAUGAUUUGACAGAGGAGAUGAAGUCGGAAAGCAUCUUGAGGCAAGUCACUCAUAAUGCUGUCCUCAUGUUGGCUGACCUUCUGGACCCAACCAAGAAAAAUCCGCCGCCGUUGAGAGGCCACGACCAACCACGACAGUACCCUACACUGCGGAAAUUUUGCCUCGCCAAUUCGGAUGUCGUUGAGCCGCUGUUGUUGUUCUGUACUCACAUCAUUCGCGUGAGAGACACGCGGUGCUGUAGUAUUAUUCUGCGGGUUUUCCGGUCCAUCAUUCCUGAUUUCCUCGCGGCGGAAACCCCAACUGCACCUGUGGCCCAGGGAGCGAACGAUCCGGCCAAUGGCGCGAGCCCGGAUCCUUGGCUGGAUACAAGCCCUAUGCCGCCUCAGAAGGCGACACCGAUACGAGAGUAUAUAUCAUCGGAGGUUUUGCGGGCUUGCAUCACAUCCUUCCACGAGCCUUACUUUGUGGACUUGCAGAAGGAUUUGGCCAGCCUCAUUGCGGCCAUUGUUGUCUACUAUGGCCCCAUCACUAGCACACCGAGGGAUGUCCUCCUGUCUCUGCCGAAUGUGAGCGUCAAGGAUCUAGACAGGUUGAGCGAGUUUUCGGCCAAACCAGGGUUCCAGGCACGUCAGCAGCGGGCUUUGGUGCUCCACUUGUUGAAAGACCUGAAAGGAGUCAGCAUUGCCGAGAUGGGGAAGCUUCCCAAGAGCAGCGUGCCCCCACCGCCGAAGAAACCCACACGCAGCAAGAUGGCCCAGGAGUUCAUGACACCUGGUAACGAGGGUGCUGCGAAGCAGCCCCCGACUGGUGGGGUAGACGAUGAAGGGUUGGAGGGCUUGGCAUCCCUCUUCGAUGGGUAACUACCUGGUGGUGUGUGGAAGGUCGGAUGACUUUGGCCAAGGCACAGGUUGUCGGGACGGCUUCUAAUUGUGAUUACGAGGCUCCUUCUAAGUUCUCCCGAACGACCCCCUUUCUAACACCUGAAGACAGUCUUUGGGAUCCGGUCCCGGCGACGGUUGAGGAGACCCCGCUGGGGGUUGGGGGAAGGGGGGUCCGCUGCAACUGCAAGGACCCCGGGACAUGGGAAGGCGGUGACUGUUUACGAAAAGAUGCCAGGAGUUUGGCACCAAUCAACACAAUAUAUGGGACAGAAGUGCUUUUACUGCCCCCCAGAGGAUGAGGCCACGCCCGAUACGCAUUGUGAUAACACAAGUAUCAUGUCACGGUGUUUUGAGAUUCGGAUAUUGGGAACAUGGGGGUGUUGGGGCAGG